GUCAUGUGAAAAGCACUUACAGAAAAAGGAAGCGACUGCUGGGGAGUCUGUGUGUGCAACAUCAGGCUAGGAAAAUAGUCUGGCAGCAAGAUAAACAUUGAUGGAAGACUUGGAGCCUGCCUCUGCCUUUGACAAGGAUCCAUUCGAGCUAACGGCAGAAGAUGUCUACGAUAUAUCUUAUGUCAUUGGCCGCGAGUUAAUGAAAGUCAGCAGCCCCGUGGGCUGCCCUGGAGUCUCCGAGCUGCAGUAUAAGAUCAUCCGCGUUUUGGAAAUGUUCGAGUCCCUGGUGAACAAGCACAAUUUGACGGUGGAGGAGUUGAAAAUGGAGCAAGCAAACCUGAAGGCUGAGACGGAGAGGCUUCACAGAGAACUGCAGAAGGCAAGCAGCGAGACACGGCAACCAGAGGAUAAAGCUUCGGUGGAUCUCGCAGACCCAAAUCGCCCACGGUUCACGUUAGGGGAGCUCAGGGAGGUGUUGCAAGAACGCAAUGAGCUGAAGGCCAAAUUACUUGUUGUUCAAGAAGAGCUGCAGUAUUACAAGAAUAGCUUAGUCUCUUCCAAGGAAGCCAGUGUCAUCGAGAGGGAAAAUGCAUCGACUGCAAGUCGGGGCAGUGAGCAAACUAUGAUUAAGAAACUCUUUAAUUUCAAACGGCGAAACAAUCCAUAAAACGCGCAGAUAAGACUCUUACAAAGCUGCAAAACCUUUCCCGGGACAUUAAUUAAUAUGCUCGACGGACCUUAACAAGGCUUUUACUCCUUCUUACUUUUAUACAAGAAAUGAUUUCUGACCAAAAAUAACUUUUUUUUUGAAAAUUCUACUUCUCAGAAACAGAAAUAAAAGAACUAAUCCAAACUUCUUCGCACUUUUCAUUAACCGGAAGGUUUCCUCGUGACAAU